AAAAGCAUCUUGUGGCGUUUAGUGAUUAUCCAGUGGAAAAUUAUCAUUCGCUAAUUCGCCGACAAACAAGAGAAACAGAUACGCCCGAACAACUUUCAAGAACAGCUCGCGUUAUCAAUUGCCUUCGUCAUGAUAAUGUGUUUCGGAGUACAUUCGUUUUGACAACAAAAUAUCCUUAUUGUAAAGAAGAUCUAAUAGGUUUAACUAACAAAGCAUCUAUCUUUCUUCUAGAACUGUUUGCUGAUAUUAAAAACAACACUGGGAAAAGCAAAUGGACAAAACGUGACAAAAACAAAGUUUCAUGCCAUCUUGCAACUCUUAAUAUAGACAUAGAUCAACGGCAUUUGCCAAUGGCGUUUAGUUCAGAAUACCCUCUGUUUGAUCCAUCAGAAAAAUGUCAUCUUCGGAAUUCUUGUAAAAUGUUGCAAUCGACUUCUGAUCAGUCUAUUUCAUUUCCAUAUGGCCACAUUUAUCAUCAACGUUGCUUGCAAUAUCUCGAACAUAAAUAUACGAGUAUCGGUGAAGAUGAUUCUGAGGUUGAUCUCAGUCAAGAAAACGAGGUUCAAUCAACGAAUAAUGAUAAUGGAGUCGAAGACUUAUCAAAGCAACCACUAUUUAAUCUAAAAACUUCAAAUUAG